AUGUUGGGAUGCAGACCAAGUAAGAAUCCCAUCAAAAUAGAUAAGAUCAGUGAAGAUGAAGAUCUUGGGAAGACGGUUGAUAAGGGAAGAUAUCAACGUAUCGUAGGAAAGUUGAUAUAUCUUUCUCACACCAGGCCAGACAUUGCAUUUGCUGUAAGUGUGAUUAGUCAACACUCACAUGAUCCGAAGCAGAAACACCUAAAUGAAGUUUAUAGAAUCCUUUGCUAUUUGAAAGGUUCACCCGGUCAUGGACUAUGGUUUAAAAAAUCUGAUAAAAGAAAUGUGGAGUUGUUUACAGAUGCUGAUUGGGCAGGUAAUCAAGAUGACCGAAAGUCUACUUCAGGUUACUGCACAUUUGUGUGGGGCAAUCUUGUAACCUGGAGAAGUAAGAAGCAAAGUGUUGUUGCAAGGAGUAGUGCUGAGGUAGAAUUCAGAGCAAUUGCUCUUGGAAUUUGUGAGGGAAUUUGGCUUAAACAAGUCUUGGAAGAGUUAAAGUAG